AUGUAUCCACCCACCCUAAGAGAGAUCACCAUUGAAAUGUCUAACCUCUACUCCACCCAGACCAAGAACAAGAAAUUAUAUCUGAGUAUGGAUGAGCUCCUUACUUUCUAUGGGAUCCUAAUCACAUCUGGGUACAGCUCUGUUCCAAGAAGACACAUGUACUGGUCACUUGACAGUGAUGUGCACAAUGAACGCAUUUCUGAUGCAAUGCGAAGAAAUCGCUUUGAUGAAGUAAUGGCCUCAAUUCAUGUGGUUGACAACACAAAAAUCACAGAUGACCCAUUUUUUAAGGUCAGGCCCAUCUUCUCUGAGCUCAAUCAGUCAUACAAAGUCAUGCCAUUUCAAGAAUGGCUGUCCGUAGAUGAAAGCAUGAUCCUGUAUUAUGGUCGACACGGAUGUAAGCAGUUUAUCAGAGGUAAACCAAUCCGUUUUGGUUACAAGGUAUGGAGCCUUGCAUCAUCCAGUGGUCACAUGUACCACAUGGAGCCAUAUGGUGGAUCCCACACUCUCCUCCCUGAGACUGGGUUAGGUCAGGGACCCAGUGUCGUUCUCGGUCUUGCAGAGCAAGCUCAGGUGCCUCAAGGUUGCAAGUUCAUUCAUGACAACCUCUUCACUUCGCUUGCACUCCUCGAUCACAUGACACAAAGAGGAUAUGGAAGCUCUGGAACAAUGAGGCAAAAUCGUCUUUUUGAUGUCCCAUUCAUGCCACAGAAGGACUUCAUGAAGUUACCCCGGGGAGCCUCUGAGGUUCUGACCCAAGGAGACAAGUUGCUGGUCCGUUGGAAAGACAACAGCAUUGUCACAGUGGCAACAAACAUGGAGGAGAAAUACAGUGAGACCUCUGUCAAGAGAUGGAACAAGGCGCGACGUGCCUUUGACAAAGUCCCACAACCAAAAUGCAUCAAGCAAUACAAUGAGCACAUGGGCGGUGUUGACCUUUACAACCAGCAGGUUUCAAGAUCCCAUAUCUCCAUCAGGUCUAAGAAGUGGUGGUGGCCUAUCUUUGCAUGGUCUCUCAACAGUGCCCUUGUAAACAGCCAUUUCUUUUACAGAGACAUUAUGGGAGGGACCAUCGACCUGCUCACCUUCUCACGGAUAGUAGCACAGUCUCUUAUGCAGAAGUUUGGCACAAAACCACUGAGCCAUGGAAGGAGAUCUCUUCUGAGUGCUGCUGUUGAAGAUCAGGCGAGAUACAACAAAACUUCUCACUGGCCAAUCAAUACAAUGCACCGGUUCCAGAGAUGUCGUCGUUGUGACAAACGCACCACAUAUGCAUGUGACAAAUGCAAAGCGCCACUGCACAUUGAGUGCUUCAAGAUGUACCAUGGACAGUAG